AUGUUCAAAUCAAUUUUUUUCUGCCUUUUAUUUUUUACACCAUUGUAUUCUGUUCUUGCUAGUGGUUAUGUAAAUAACUAUUGUGAUAAGAAUGAUGCUCAAUGCUUUGAACAUGGUUUAAACUCUCGUGAUGCCUCUCUCCACCCUAUUAAAACUACUACGACUGCUACUACUACUGUUGGUGCCUUUACUGUUUCCUAUGAUGCCUUUGUUACGGAUUUAAAUGCUCCAGUUAGAAAUUAUCGUAUUAAUGCCGAAAAGUCUAAUAAUAAAAAUCAUAUAAAUGCCAAUCGAAAUUAUGAAGUUCCAUUACCUGCUGAAGUUGCUACUACUGCUAUUACUGCUACUACUGAGACUGCUAUUACUGCUACUGCUAUUACUGAUACUACUGAUAUUACUAAUGAUAUUACUAAUGAUCAUGUUGAUCGUGUUGUUGUUAGCCUUAUUGAAGACCCAGUUAUUCAGGAGGAACAAACUGAGCAUUCCUUAGCAACUGAAAAUGAUAAUGACAUGGGACUUGGUUCAGCUAAUUUGGUUAUUAUUUGUAUGAGCAGUCUUUUAGUUCUUGGAACUAUCUCUGUUGGUCUCUUCUUUUUGGUACGAACUGUUCGUCAUAGAAAACACUUUAAUAAGGAAAACAAAGACCAUUUUAUCAAUGAUGAUAUUGAAAAAAAUUGCAAUAAUACCAAUCUCAAGGAUGAUAAUUUUGACCAACAAUCAAACAUUGAUUUAGAAAAAGGUAAUAAUAUGAAUGAAGUUAUUCAAGCUAAGAAGAAUAAAACUGCUUAUCCUGAGAAGACUGAGGUGGCUCCUCCUGAAGAGAAAAAUGAAGUUAACCAAGAUGAAGAGAACAACGAUUCAGCUGCUAGUCGCUUUAUGCAACGUAUUAGCUUUUCUGAAGGCAUAGCAAUUGAUCCAAUAUCAACUACUAUAGUCACUGUUGCUAAAAGUUGCUCCGUUUUUCAAGUUGCUGCUCCUAUUGCUGCUGCUGUUGAUUUUGUAAUUCCUUCAUCUUCUGCACUAUUAGUCCACUAUCCUAAUGAGGACUUUAAGAAUAAACUUCGAUUCUUUGAAAACUUGUGCUCACAACAACAACAACAACAACAACAACAACAAAAAUCAGAAGAAACAAGUGAAAAUGACUCAUCUUUAAUUGGUAGCAUGACAAGUUUCUGGAACUUUGAUUAUGAUAAUGAUGCUGAGAGUAUUGAAACUGACAAGCUGGAUUAUCAAGUUAAAAUUAAAACCAGUCGUAUUCUGCCUCAGGAAUGUCUAUCCAAUACUUAUUUUGGAUUCAUUGAUAGAAAUGAACGCUGGCAAGAACAUGGUCCAUACUUUGGUAGUAUGCCUACAAUACAAUCUAAUAUUCAAGCCAUCAGAAUACCAAAUUACUCGACUGGUCUUUUUGCUAAUGUCCUCUUAAGAAACAAUCUUGUAAAGAAUGAAGAUGAAAAUGAAGAUGAAUAUGACUUGGACGAUGAAAUUGAAGCUAAAUAUUUUAACCAUUUAGCUCGUUUUCACAGCAGUAAUAUUCAUCUUUAA